GUGCAGCCCUGGGGGAACGACUGGGGGAACGUGUUCUGAGCUGAAGCUCCGGGAAGAAUCGGAGUGUGAGUGCCUUCCGUCUGAGGACCAUCAUCCAGGACUUGCCAGAGGCCACAAGAAAACAUGGGGAGGGUUUUCCUCACAGGAGAAAAGGCCAAUUCAGUAUUAAAACGCUACCCAAGAGCCAAUACAUUUCCUGAAGAAAUCAGACAGGGCAAUAUUGAACGUGAGUGCAACGAAGAAGUUUGCACAUUUGAAGAAGCCAGAGAAGCUUUUGAAAAUAAUGAAAAAACUAAGGAGUUUUGGAACACCUACACAAAAGCACACCAAGGAGAGAAUAACAGAGGAAGUGACUGGUUUCAAUUUUACCUUACCUUUCCACUAAUCUUUGGCCUCUUCAUUAUCCUUCUUGUCAUUUUCUUAAUCUGGAGAUGCUUCCUAAGAAACAAAACUCGCAGACAGACAGUGACCGAAAGCCACAUUCCUUUCCCUCAGCACCUUAAUAUUAUCACUCCGCCUCCUGCACCAGAUGAAGUGUUUGAUAGCAGUGGAUUGUCUCCAGGCUUUCUGGAAUAUGUAGUUGGGCGUUCAGAUUCUGUGUCCACUCGCCUGUCCAACUGUGAUCCACCACCGACCUAUGAGGAAGCCACUGGUCAGGUGAACCUGAGAAGGAAUGAAACAGAACCUCAUUUAGAUCCACCGCCAGAAUAUGAAGACAUAAUCAAUUCCAGCUCAGCCAGUGCCAUUCCUAUGGUGCCUGUGGUCACCUCCAACAAAUGAAGCUACAAACUUCUUUUUAUUCUAAUCAUUUUUGAAAUACUAAUUAAAGAACUUUCUAGCACUUUACCACUACAUAAAUGUACAUCGACUUAUUUUAUUAUACUCUUAUAACAUGCCACUUCACCCUUACUGGUCUGAUGUUCUUUAGUUUUGUUCCCCAUUAUGAAAUCAUUAUAUGUGCUCAUUUUUGCUAGGGAAAACAGCAGUGGGGAUAUUCAUGUGGUGAUAUAUACAUCUACACACUAUUAUGUGCAACUGUCCUAAAAAAAAUCUAUUAAUGUUUAUCUAAUUCACUUGCAAGAAGAGCAUUACUCACAAAAAUUGGGAAUAAAAAGGCAUUGACAAUGUAUGUAAUAGCUAGAAAGCAACAUGUUAUAGAACUUUGCAAAAAGGAUGUACUUAGCAUGUUUUCUAAUUUUUAUGAGCUAUUGUUAACCUCUGGUCUCUUCAUCUACCUUAAAGAGAAAAAAAUGUGAGGAGUCACUCUUGACUUUAGAAAUAGAAAGUAUAUAUUCACAGUGAAGAAUAAAUUAUUGUGUGUAGCAAGGAAAUCACUGGACAUGUGUGAUGGAUGCUUCACUUUAUACUAGGAAUUUUAUUCCUCAUUGACUACCCCCCAUGAAACACUUUGGUUAGCUUAGCAUCUUUCAGUGUCUCAUGCUAUUCCUAUAAAUAGCUCAUGGGGAAGAUUUCUGGCAAUAGAAUAAUUUCUAAGUGGAUGGAUGUGUUUAAUAAUAAGCAGUAGAUAUAUAUUAUUCCUUUGCUUUGGGGGGCAAUAAGUAUUUACUUCUUACUAUUUCAUUGCCUUUUAGUCUACUGUUUAUACUCUCUCCUACCACCACAGAAUCUUCAAUGGCCCAAGAUUUUAGUUAGAAAUAAAACUCAGUAUUGUUUUCUCAAAAUCUUUGCCUGAGGAUAUCUUAGGAGACAAUUUUCCAUUACAUUAUGAGCUGUGAUUUUUUUAUUACUUUCCAAUUGGUAAAAAAAGAUUGUAAAGAGUGUGUUAUGGCAGAUGGAUGCUAAAUCUAGUUAUAGUCACACAUAGAUCUCAUUGUUGCUAUUUCAUUUUGAAUUUUAAUUAAACUUUAUAAAACUACAGUAUUUUUUUAUUUCCUUUGGGGCAGAAGGAGCUGACCAUGAAUUAACUACCAAUAAAAAUACACACAGAAAGGGAAAAGUAGGAUCAAAUGAGAUAUUUUGUGUGCAAAUAAUUUAUAAAAGAUUAAGAGCUAUUCAAGUGUGAGUUCCUUGUGUUAUUAUUGUGCUUCAUAGAGGAUUUUCUCGUUUUUCCAAAAUUGAGUGCAGAUUUCACAUAGUGAAGAAUGGGUCAGGCUGCUCCAUCAGUGGCUGUCAUUGCAAAUUUGAGUGGGUGGGCUGUUACUUAAUCCCUUCAAUUCACUGAUCUGUACCCAAUCUGUGCCGAUUUCAAGAUGACUGCUAACUGCAAAAACAGAGUGAAGAAAUUUUGGAAAAAGAACUAAGUGUAUGAGUUGAGAUAAUAGGUGUUAUAGCUACUAUAGACUAAUAUGAUCAUAUCUUGAUUAUGAUCUCAGAAAUGACAGUGUUGCAUUGAAUUAUGCCAUGUAUACAUGGUGAUCUGUGGUUUCUAGUUAAAUCUGAAAAUGAAAUUGUUCAAUCCAGCACCGACUUACGUAUUUGUGAAGCUUUGAUUUGUUUUGAAAAGAAAAUUAACGCUCUUCGUGUAGAUGUUUGUCAGGAGCAGCAGGCUUUAUAUUAGGUCUGCAUUUUUCAAAGUGUGUCCCAGGGACCCCUGGAGUUCCCUGAAAAUCUUUCAGAGGAUCUGUGAGGCCAAAAAUAUUUUCAUCAUAAUUCUAGGAUAUUAUUUGUCUUUUUACUCUAAUUCAACAAAGAGUUGGAAAUGUAAAACAAUAUCUUCUCACACAUUUUUUUCUGUUUUAGAAAUAUAGCUAUUUUUCAUAUAGAUGUUAUUUUUGUUGACAUAUACCAUAUUUUUAAAUUUUAAGUAAAUUAACACUUAAAAUUUUAAUUUUGUAAGAUGACAUAUUUUAAUAGAUAUAACUCUCAUAAACAAAAGCUGGAUUUGGAUUUGGCAUUCAAAUCCCCAAUAAAAUUUAAAACUUAAAAGGGACAUCUGGAAACCAAAAGUUUGAACACUGCAGGAUUAGAUAAAGGAGCAAGAAACUCUAUAAAUAUGUCUUUAUUUGUACAACUUCAUUUUACAUUUUAAACUCCUAAUAUUGGAUUUAAUGCUGCCUCAUAAAGAUACCUGAAUUACAGCAUAAGAAUGAAUGCUGGUCUUUGAAGCAAAAGCCAAAUGUUUUAACUGAUUAAUAGCUACAGACUUUUUAGAUUAUUGGUUAAACGUAACAGUACUCCUUAAAAAUUGUUACUUCAGCCACACACCUCCUGGGAGCUUUUGCAUGGUAACAAAAAUAAAAUACCACUUUCUUCAAGAAACACUAUCUUAGGUUUGUUUUGUUUGGAUAUAGGUUUUAUAUUUUUAAAAUCCCUUUUGCUACCCAAUCUGGUUUUAUAAACUGAGUUUCUUAACAUUUAUUAUAAUUAUGGGGCUUACCUGAAAAAAUCUAUAUUUUUAUGCUUUUUGCCUUUCUUACCUGAUUGAUAUUGCAUUUACCUUUGAUCAUUUUUAAUAAAGGUUUAUUUUUGCAUAAUAUAUUUAGUACCUUUCUUAAGCAGUAACUUGAGUCAAUCAGUUUGUAUUUA